AUGCCGCUCCCCUUCGUCACUGGCGGCGGCGUCCUCUCCACCCCCACGCGGGGCGGCGCCACUCGCGGUGGCGGCAGCCUACUCCGUUCGGUGUCCCCUCUCCUCACCCCCGCUCCCUCCGCACCGGCAGCCAGGUAUCACAUCCUCGUCCUCCUCGUCCGUGCGCCUCUCGGACAUCCGUUCCCAUUUUUGGUCAGAUACAUGUGUGGGUGGACUCGGAGCUGGGCGGCGGGCGCGGGCAUGCAUCCAGCAAGCACAGCAGCACUCUGCGGGCUCUCCAUCUCCAGUACAGUCUCCACACUCCACCUGGCCGCUCAUCCCCAAGUCUUCUGCGGCAGUGCACCCCUGCCAUGGCUAAAAGAUAACAGAUGUGAAAUUUAUACCUUCCUACAGCUCGCAGCGUUCUGA